ACCAAAAAUGAUAAGAAACCGCACUAUUUUGAUAUUUUGAUAGCCGCUUGCUCACUGCCGGUGACGUAUACAUUACAUUUAAUUUAUCUAUCAGAUUUUUUGAGGGAUUAGGGUGUUCAUGUAGGAGCGUGCAUAUAUCUACAUAAAAAAGAGCGUGUAACGUAUCAUAACAUAACAGUAGCUAGACAGAUGUAUAUAUCUCACAAUAGUAGUACUAGUAUUAGUGAUCACUGAUCAUCGUCAUCAGCAACUAAAUUUUUUUGUUGUACUUUGUAGCUCUCUCUAAUCUCUAUACAUCAUACGUCCUGAAAUGAGCAACCUAGCUCACUCUUGGUCUAUAAGUGAUGAAUCACUAAGAAGAUUUGUGCACUUCGCAAGUGAAGGUUGCAUACAAGAACUCUUAUCAGCUUCAGAUUCAACUUGUUGUAGUAGUAGGAAGGUGAAUGGUACUAAUGGUCACAGAAAACAGCAUAAUAGUAAUAAUAAUAACCAUGAUGGAUGGAAUAGGGUUCCUAGUAUAAACACAGAUGAUCAUGACGGUGUUGAGAUAUCAAAGCGUAGAUCGGCCGGUAAUUCGUUUCAUAUUUUCCGAAGUCGCUGGUUACUUAGAUCAGUCUCGCCGGAACAGUUCAUAACCGUCGCCAAUGCUAUCGAUGCCGCAAAGCAAUGGGACUCAGAUCUUGUAGAGGCUAAGUACAUAAAAGAUCUUGGAGAAAACCUUAGCAUUAUUAGUCUCAGAUAUGGAGAUGGAUCAAAACCUUUAUUUAAGAACAGAGAAUUCAUCGUCUACGAACGACGCGAAACUAUGGAUGAUGGUACCCUGGUGGUUGCAGUAGCUUCUCUGCCAAAAGAGAUAGCGGCAGGAUUAUACCCAAAGCGGAGCAAUGCGAUUCGAGGACUUCUGUUGCAGUCAGGAUGGGUGGUUGAAAGAUUUGAAAAGGAUUCUUGUAUGGUAACUUACGUUGUUCAGUUGGAUCCUGCAGGAUGGUUGCCCAAGUUCUUUGUGAACAGACUGAAUACGAAGCUGGUAAUGAUCAUUGACAAACUAGCUCAAGCUUGCCUGCAGAUCAAUUGAAAUUUUUAUACAAAAGACAAUACAUAUAUAUAUAUUUAUAUUAUGAAUAUAUAUCAAAACUAUAUUUGGGGUGAGGAAAUAAAACCUAUGGAGUUGUACUCGCAAAAUUGUAAGGAUACGAAAUCACUGUAUAUAUACUGAUAAUGUCAAAAAUAGUGAUAUCCAAAAAAAUGUGGCAAUCCUCCAUCCUA